GGUCCAAACAGAUAAAAAGCUGUUUAUUAAUUAGUGUAGUGUAACUAUAUGGCAGUACGUCUUGCCAUACUUUGCUAAAAAGCCUUUAUCAUCUAUCUAUCGGUGGAGAACGGCGGGAUACUUGGGCCAGCUCAGGAUGGAAGGUUGCAGGUGCAUAUUAUCUCCUUCCCAUUCCAAUUUGAACAAGAACUUCAUUUCCCAGGGUGCUCUGCGCCUCGCCCGACAAAUCUGUGAAAAUCCGAAUGCGCCUGCGUAUCCAGACGUGGCAACGGCAUCAUGGCCUCCUGGAUCCGCUACAGGAGAAAGAUGAGAGAGGCGACAAUGUUCGCGCUGGUGCUGCUGAUGCUGAUGCUGUCGUCGUCGCUGGCAGCCGUGAAGGUGUCUCCUCUCAUAGACAAAGUCAGCGACCACAAAGACUUCAAGAAGCUGCUCAGGACGAGAACCAAUGUCCUGGUGCUCUACACUAAGACAGCUACAUCGGGGGACUCCUAUCUGAAGCUGCUGUCUAACGUUGCCCAAACAGUGAAGGGCCAGGGGACCAUUGCGUGGGUCAACUGUGGUGAUUCAGAGGGUCGCAAACUCUGUAAAAAAGUGAAGGUGGACCCCAGCUCCAAACGCGAGGGAGCGGAGCUGCUGCAUUACAAAGAUGGGACUUUCCACACAGAGUACAACAGACCUGCUACAUUUAAGUCUAUGGUAGCAUUUUUAAAGGACCCGUCAGGACCGCCGCUGUGGGAGGAGAACCCCGAMGCAAAAGACGUCGUCCACGUCGAAACGGAGAAAGACUUCAGAAAGCUGCUGAAGAAAGAGGAAAGACCCGUCCUCAUUAUGUUCUACGCUCCCUGGUGCGGCGUUUGCAAGAGGAUGCAGCCUGUUUUUCAGCAGGCGGCCACAGAAACAAAAGGCAAAUAUGUGCUGGCAGGGAUGAACGUUCACCCGGCUGAGUUUGACGGCCUUAAGCAGGAGUACAACGUCAAAGGCUACCCGACCUUCUGCUACUUUGAGAAGGGGAAAUUCCUUCAUCACUAUGAAAACUACGGCGCUACCCCAAAGGAUAUAGCAGAUUGGCUGAAGAACCCUCGGCCCCCGCAGCCAAAGACUCCAGAGGUGCCGUGGUCGGAGACAGAYUCGCCGGUCUUCCACCUGACCGAUGAGUCCUUUGACAGCUUCCUGGAGGAACAUCCUGCGGCCCUGAUCAUGUUCUAUGCCCCCUGGUGCGGCCACUGCAAGAAAAUGAAGCCAGAGUAUGACGACGCGGCCGAAGUGCUCAACAAAGCCACAGAUAGCCCCGGCGUGCUGGCGGCAGUCGACACCACGGUGCACAAGGCUGUGGGAGAUCGCUUCAAGAUCUCCGGUUUCCCCACCGUGAAGUACUUUGAGAAAGGGGAAGAGAAGUACACGCUCCCACACCUCCGAAGCAAAGACAAGAUCAUCGAGUUCAUGCACAAUCCCCAGGCUCCUCCGCCACCAGAGCAGUCUUGGGAGGACAGGCCCUCCAGUGUCAGCCAUCUUGGCUCAGAGGAUUUCAGAGAAGCUCUGAAGAAGAAGAAGCAUGCUUUGGUCAUGUUUUAUGCUCCCUGGUGUCCACACUGUAAAAACGCCGUGCCUCACUUCACCACAGCAGCAGAGCUGUUUAAGGAGGACCGCAAGGUUAGUUUUCCUUUUCACAAUUUUAAAACCAUAUACAACUGGGAAGCAGGCUUCAUAGGAUUCAUGCGCAACCUCAGAGGCCGCGACCAGGAGAAGGUGGUCAAGAGGAAGGAGGAGCUCUGAGGGGGAGCGGGGAGGGCAAUGCRCUGUGACCCUUGAGUUUGGCAAGGGCCCUUUUGGCACUGAAGUGGGAGACUCAAUGACCUCAGCGAAAGGCUAUUUUUUUAUAUCAUGGUGAUCUCAUUUGUAAUGAUACCAACAGAGUACUGACCAACCACUUGAGACUUCUUUCUUAUGGAUAUUUUGAUGGGCACAAAAUAGAUUUAAAAGGAAAAAAGUGAUUUUUUUUUUUUUUUCUGUUUUGUUCUCUUUUUUUUUUCCCAAUCACUGUGACUUGAACAUGUUGAAAGCUACACCCUAUCUAUGCAAAAGUGAGCCCUGCUUCUGCCUGUGGGAGUCUGUGCGAUCUGACUGUGGUGGACUUCAACGUGGACGAUGCAUCUCCCGUCGCUACGCAAGAGGCUUUCAUCUGAUUCUUUUCAACCUGGCACCGUCUUCACAGAUGAUCCAKGCUGAUUUUUUUUUUCACGUUAUUUAGUGUGUCAAUUUCUCUCUUUUCUGUCUUUCUUUUUUUUUUUAAGAUCAUUUAGAAUAAAUAAGUCACGUGUUUCCAUUUAA